AUGAAGAUCCUAAUAUUUCUGCUAUUACUCGUAUUUUCUAAUGCCUACAAAAUCCUUGUCUUCUCGCCGACGAUCUCCCGAUCGCAUAUGAUUUCGAAUGGGCGAAUCGCUGAUGAAUUGGCAAAAGCCGGGCAUAAUGUUACCCUAUUCGAGCCGGAUUUUCUCUCGAUUUGGCACAAGGUAAAGAAUGCGAAACUCGCAAAAAGGUUGCCUGUCUUUGGGUUCAGUGAUGCCCUUUGGAAAGCGAUCUCCAUGUUCAGUUCGACGUUUAGUGAGGAUUCGAUUGUUACGAGCACUCAAAACAUGAUCGAAUACUCGAAAGCUUUCAAUAAACAAUGUGGAGAGCUUUUGGAUAAAACGGAUAUUUUGGAGGAGCUGAAAGGCGAGAAAUUCGACGCAUUUUUCGGGGAACAAUUGAACGGAUGCGGGCAUGGUUUAGCCGAGGUUCUUGGGAUAAAGAGAAAAUUCUGGGUGUCAAGUUGCCCGAUGAUGGAUCACAUGUCUUGGAUUCUCGGCGUCCCGCAUCCACUCAGCUAUGUUCCAUCGGUGGGCAAUGUCGAUAUCGGGAAUCGGCCGAAUUUCUGGGAGCGAACACAGAACAUCGCUGAAUACUUCGCAAACGUGGUCGCAUUUGGGCAUUACGGACAUUUCGAUCCACUGGAUGAGGAAUUUCAAAAGCGAUACGGUUCCGAUUUCCCGUCGGUUCAAUCACUAAUCCGGGAAAGUGAUGUAAUUUUUGUGGCCACUGAUGAAUUGAUUGAUUUCCCGCGCCCCCUCCAUCCAAAUAUUGUUCAUAUUGGAGGGUUGGGUAUUGAGGAGAAAGAGAAGAAAUUGGAUGAGAUCUUCAGCAAAGAGCUGUCCAAAGGUGCGAAGGGAGUCGUUUUCUUCUCAUUCGGCUCAAACGUGAACACCACUCAGUUGCCGAGUGAAGUCCUUCCAACAAUCAUCGCCACAUUUAAACGCUUUCCUGAAUACCAUUUCAUUGCAAAGAUUGAUAAAUAUGAUACGGUAGGACACAAAGCAGCUGAAGGCCUCUCGAACGUUUUCAUCACCGAAUGGGCUCCACAAACGGCUGUGUUGGAACACCCGAGGCUUAAAUGCAUGAUCGCCCACGGUGGUUACAACUCUCUGAUGGAAGCAGCGAGAGCCGGGAAACCAGUGAUGAUCAUCCCAUUCUUUAUCGAUCAAUUUCGCAAUGGUCAAGUGCUCAAGAAGAACGGUUGGGGUUUAUCGGUGCAUCGGAAAGAUCUCUUGAAAGGAGGAGUGGAAUUCGAGGCAACUUUAAAGCAAUUGCUCACAGAUCAGAAGUACACUGACGGAGCGCUGAGAAUUCGAGAGCUCAUCAAGCGAAAGCCCUUUUCACCCGAAGAGCGCUUGAUCAAAUGGACUGAGUUCGCGAUCUCUUCUGGUGGACUCCCCGAAUUACAGACUCCAGCUGGGGAACUAUCAACAAUUAUGAUUCGAAGCUGUUUAUUAUUUUUGUUGUUAACGAUUUGUUGCUCGGCGCUUUUCUUCGGUGGUGGAUGCUGUGGCGGUGGUGGAGGGGGAUGUUGUGGUGGAAGAAAGAAACGCUCAGCCGAUGUGCAAUGGGCAGGAGUGAGCGGUGAAGACCACGAUUCUCUCUGCAAUUCGGCUCAUCUCCGUAAUCUCAUCAACGAGACAAUUUCCACCACUCCAGAAGCAUCAAAAAUGGCUUUAAUGACACGCUUGGCAGCUGAAGGAGAAAAUUCAGCGGUAGUUCUCUGCUCGGUUUCCCCGUUCUCCUAUGCUCUGCCUCUACACGCCGAAUAUUGUUCUUUAGCUAAUCCUCAAAAUACAUGUUAUGACAUCACUUUCUGUGGGCAGAGUUUGGCUCGUGAAAUUGUGAAGAGUGCAACAUUUGCACCCAUUCUCAUUUCAAACUUGGAAAUAGCAUUCCAGGUUGCCUCACGACGUGGAUCACGUGUUCAGGCGGUGGGGCGUCACGCGUACUUGAACUGUGGAAAGGGCACACAAUAU